AGCGAAGUGACAUGACGUGGUCGGUGUCGGACUGUCGAAAACUCGAAAAGAGGAAUAGAAGCGGUGUUUUUGUCGGUUUUAUAAUUUACGUACAAAUUGCAUCAAUUCAUUAAGAGAAAAUGGCUUUGAACAGCGCGACGUCUUUCGUCAUAUCAUCGAUAUUAACUCUCCUGACAUUUUCGGGAAUGCAAAUGUACAAACCUUGGCUGGUUAGGUCACCCAUGACCAUUAUAUUCGGAGGCUACCUUGGAUCUGUCAUGUUCAUGUUCUUCGUUACUGCCAUAGGUAAUUUAGAGGCAACUUUGUUUGGGAAGCACUUCCAGUUGAAGCUGCCAGAGAUAGUGCUGUCUAUGGCAGUGUCACUUAUUGCUGCGGGAAUGGUGCAUAGGAUUUGCUUCACAACAUGUUUGAUAUUUUCAAUAAUUGUCAUUUACUACAUGAACAAGUUGUCACAAAAGACUUAUGCAACUACGGCACCAGUUGCUGCACCAACCAAGGCUCGUCGUCACAAGUGAUUAUCUCAAUAAGUCUAUUUUAUAUUAUUUUAUAAUAAAGUACCUAAUUC